GGCCUGAGGUGACCUCUAAAAAUGGUUCGCUAUUCACUUGACCCAGAAAAUCCCACAAAAUCUUGCAAGUCGAGAGGUUCAAAUCUUUGUGUUCACUUUAAGAACACUCGUGAAACAGCCCAGGCCAUUAAGGGUAUGCAUAUCCGAAAAGCCACCAAGUAUCUGAAGGAUGUCACUUUAAAGAAGCAGUGUGUGCCAUUCCGUCGUUACAAUGGUGGAGUUGGUAGGUGUGCCCAGGCCAAACAGUGGGGCUGGACGCAGGGUCGGUGGCCCAAAAAGAGUGCUGAAUUUUUACUGCACAUGCUCAAAAAUGCAGAGAGUAAUGCUGAACUUAAGGGGUUAGAUGUAGAUUCUCUGGUCAUUGAGCAUAUCCAGGUGAACAAAGCCCCCAAGAUGCAGCGCAGGACUUAUAGAGCUCAUGGUCGGAUCAACCCAUACAUGAGCUCUCCGUGCCACAUUGAGAUGAUCCUUACUGAAAAAGAACAGAUUGUUCCUAAACCAGAAGAGGAGGUUGCCCAGAAGAAAAAGAUAUCCCAGAAGAAAUUGAAGAAACAAAAGCUUAUGGCCCGGGAAUAAAUGCUGCAAAAAAUA